AUGGAGGCCGGGACUGGGGACCCGGGACUGACUCGCCGCCCGACUCUGACCUCUUCUUGGGAUACGCCGUGCGGGACCCUGACCCAGAGCCUCUGUCUGAGCCGCGGUGGUCCUGGCGCCGGGGAACUCGACUGGGAGGAGCUGCUGACGCCGCCUGCUCCGGGCCAAGAUCUGGUGAUUUUGGAGAGGAACACAAACAACCAGGAUGAAAGCUCCUGCUUCCUUUACCUCACCUGUGACCCCCGUGGAGGUGAAGAAAUUGUUGCUGUUGGCUUUCUGAGUUCAGCAAGAAAUAUGGAAGUGUACUUAGGAGAGGAGUACUGUGGGACCAGCAGGGGCAAGAACGUGUGUACCGUCCUGGACAGCAGCAAACGUGAGGUUAUCUUGUACAAAAAAUACUUAAGAUUGGAGUCCUCCACACAUGCUUGUAAAAUAAAGUUGCUCUCCUUUGGAGAGAAGCACUGUGUCCUCGUCGGUAAAGUUGUGCUGCACAUGCGACCAGUCUCGGGAAGCUCUUCCACAAGCUGCCCUGCCCUCGGAUCACGGAUUGACCUGAACAGGGUUCAGACCAUGGUGGAGUCCGUGGGGUCGAAGUUAUCGCCCGGAGCUCAGCAGUUGAUGAACAUGCUUAGGUUUCAGCAGCAGACUUACCUUCCCUUUGGAGAGCAGCUUCAGUCCGUCUUGGGCAGUCUUGGAUACAAGCAUAUGAUUGGACUACAACCGCCGCCUCCUGUAGGGGCCUUGAACAAGUCGUCCUCCACUCCUUUUCCUUUCAGAAUUGGACGGGCAUCUGGCAAAAUGACUGAAGACUUAACAGGCUACACUGAUAAAACCACACAGCCAGCUGGUGGAGGACAUACCGCGCCCCUCAGUGAAGGUGAAAGGGGGCCGCAAAGCCGUGUUCUUCUUGAAGAUGACCUCACACAUAUAGUGUCCUCUUUCUUCCCAAAGAAAGCGAGUGACCGUUCGGAGAUCCCUAACUCUGAGCUGCUUCCUGUUCUCCAGAACUUAUGCGGUCAAGUUAACAGUCUCCGCGUGGGCAACAAGGCCGAGUGGCAGGAGAAGAUUCCCAAGCCUGCUGCAGGCAUUGCUGGCGUCCCAGAGAAAGAACAACCUGUUUGCUCUUACUUGGAAAAGAUCCUUUCUAAAAAUAUGGAACUGAUGGAAAAGAACCUCAUGGACCAUAUUGAUCAGCGAAUAUGUAAACUCCAGGAGCACAUAGAUAGUAAGAUUGCUUUAUUAAUAGACUUGCUACAGAAUUCCAGCUCCCUGGCCCCUGGGAUGCCUCUCAAACAGUAUGAUUCUGGGGAAAGACUUUCAAACGGAGAGCGAUAA